AUGCCCAGAGUAGAAGCAGAGACUUUUAAAAGAUUGCAAAAUGACCCGUCCUGUAUCAGAAAUAUUUGCAUAGUGGCACAUGUGGAUCAUGGGAAAACCUCCCUUUCGGACUCCCUUUUGGCAUCAAACGGUAUUAUAUCGACAAGAUUGGCUGGUAAGAUCAGAUUUCUAGAUUCAAGACCCGAUGAGCAGUUAAGGGGGAUUACAAUGGAGUCGUCCGCAAUUUCACUUUAUUUCAGAGUCUUACAUAAACAGGAGGGAAGGGAUGAGCCAUUGGUUAACGAGCAUCUCAUCAACUUGAUUGACUCCCCUGGACACAUUGAUUUUUCGAGUGAGGUCAGUACAGCCUCGAGGCUGUGCGAUGGUGCAGUCGUCCUUGUGGAUGUGGUUGAAGGUGUCUGUUCUCAGACAAUCACAGUUUUAAGACAAUGCUGGGUGGAAAAGUUAAAACCUAUAUUAGUCCUUAACAAGAUUGAUAGAAUGAUCACUGAACUUCAAUUGACUCCACAGGAGGCAUAUACUCAUCUCAACAAGGUUAUAGAACAAGUUAAUUCUGUCAUCGGCUCCUUCUACGCGGGUCAAAGACAAUUGAACAACAUCACCUGGAGGGAACAACUAGAAAAGGACGAAGAGGCCGAGUACAUUGAACACGACGACUCGGAUAUUUACUUUGCACCAAACAACAAUAAUGUCAUUUUUGCCUCAGCUGUUGACGGGUGGGGAUUUAAUAUUGGACAGUUAGCCAAAUUCUACGAGGCCAAACUUGGAGCCAAGAGGGAAAACCUGCAGAAAGUCCUUUGGGGGGAUUUCUACAUGGAUCCAAAAACCAAGAAAAUCAUUAACAGUAAAGGUUUGAAGGGGAGAACGUUGAAGCCUUUGUUCGUUUCCCUGAUAUUAGAUAACAUUUGGAAAAUAUACCAGAACAUUGUCAUUAAAAAGAAUUUGGAUACCAUAGAGAAGAUUGCCAAGACCUUAAACGUCAAACUAGCACCUCGUGAUUUAAGAUCAAAGGAUGAUAAGCAGUUAUUGAGGACAAUAAUGGGUCAAUGGUUGCCUGUAAGUACAGCUGUACUUCUUACUGUUAUUGAAAAACUGCCCUCACCUUUGGAGUCUCAAGACGAGAGAUUGGAUACUAUUUUAGGUCAAAGCCAUAGUGACUUGACGAAAGACGUCGAUCCCGUUUUGCUGACAGCUAUGGAAAAAUGUGACCGGAAUGGGCUGGCAAGUGCGUACGUCUCCAAAAUUAUAUCGAUUCCAAGAGACGAGCUACCCUUGAACGACCCACAUUCUAAGGAGGUUGGUCCUGACCAGAUAAUGGAAAGGAGUAGAAAGGCGCGUGAAGAGGCGCUGAGAGCAGCAAAGAGAACCGAACUCGCGGAGAGCAUGUCUAAGUUAGACGUAUCAGAAACCGAUAAAGGAUCGAAACUGUACGAGAGAGCUAAGGACAGCCAUAUCACUCCUGAACUUGGUGCGGACGAUGGGCCCCCAGAAAAGCUAGAGGAUACGUUCCAAAUUGUUACGGAACCAGCACCCGCUAUGGAUCUCGGCUUUGAUUACGAGGAGGAGUCCGACAAUGGAGACGGGCCGAUCCCAGACUUCAUACCUUCUGAAGUUGAUCCUAAUGAUCCAUUAAACGCAAUGUUUGAAUACGAGGAUACGGAUCCCUUCCUUCCCGUGGCAGGUGACGUAAAUCCUGUUUACGAAACGGAGGAAGCGGAAGAAGUAUUGUUUGAUGAAAAGGACGAGGUUCUGAUCGGGUUUGCGAGAGUUUACAGUGGAUCGCUUCGUAUUGGUCAAGAAAUAUCUGUAUUGGGACCUAAAUAUGAUCCAUCCAAACCGAAUGAACAUAUUCAAACAGCUGUGAUUAACAGUCUUUACUUGUUUAUGGGUAAGGAAUUGGUUCCCCUUGAUGUAUGUCCUGCUGGUAAUAUUGUUGGUAUUGGUGGGCUGGCGGGUAAAAUUUUGAAGAACGGGACUCUUAUUGAAAAGGGAGUUAACGGUAUCAAUCUUGCCACUGUUAACUUCCAUUCAAACCCUAUUGUUCGUGUAGCUGUUGAAACGGUCAACCCAAUGGAGAUGGGUAAACUGGUCCGCGGGCUCAAACUGCUUGAGCAAGCCGAUCCAUGUGUGCAGACAUACAUCAACGACAAUGGUGAGCAUAUUCUGUGUACUGCUGGUGAACUACAUUUAGAAAGAUGUUUGAAAGAUUUACAGGAGAGGUUCGCUGGUGUUCAGCUAUCUCAUUCUGAACCUGUCAUCCCAUAUAGAGAGACAUUUUUGGCGACUUCUGAGAUGAAUCCAUCUAAAAACACUGAACUUGGGAGAGGUGUGGUUGAGUGCUUGCUGGGUCCAUAUAAGAUGACCUUGCGGACGAUCCCACUUGCAGCGCCGGUAACAAGCUUUUUGGAUGAAAACGAAUCGAGCAUCAGAGCUCUGCAUAUGGGUGAUUCCGACGGUAAGCCCAAGUCAGUUGAAAAUACUGAGUUACAACCCUUGAUGGACAAGGAAUCAUUUUUUGAGAGACUACAAUCUUUGAUCAACGAGAACACCAAUGAGAAAACCAAGGCCGUUAUUACAGACUGUAUCUCUAAAAUAUGUGCGUUUGGUCCCAGGAGGUUUGGAUGCAAUAUUCUUCUGUCGGAAGGUAAUAUCUUUAGUAGUAUAUUAAAAGGUCGUGCUGGUGCAUUUGAGUUUGCGGAUUCCAUUGUGAAUGGGUUUCAAUUGGCUGUGAACGAGGGUCCCCUUACGAACGAACCGGUUCAAGGAAUGUGUGUCGUGGUGGAGGAUGUGCACGUUAUGUCACCGGACGAAAUAUCGUCCAUUGACGACCCCAACUACCAAACCGAUAUCCCUGAUCUUUCUGGUAGGUUCAUCGCUACUACGAGAGACCAGAUCCAUGGCUCAUUUUUGGAUUGGUCUCCAAGGCUGAUGUGGGCAAUGUACUCUUGUGACAUUCAAACUUCUGUUGAAGUGCUCGGGAAAGUGUACGCCGUUGUUCAACAAAGACAAGGUAAGAUUGUGUCCGAGGAGAUGAAGGAAGGUACGCCCUUUUUCCAAAUUGUAGCAAGAAUUCCCGUUGUGGAGGCGUUUGGGUUCAGUGAGGAUCUGAGAAAGAAAACCUCCGGUGCAGCGCAACCACAGCUAAUUUUCUCUGGAUACGAGUGCAUUGAUCUGGACCCAUUUUGGGUUCCAUCAACGGAGGAAGAGCUUGAGGAGCUCGGAGAUACAGCAGAUAAAGAAAACAUUGCACGCAGACACAUGAACAGAAUUAGAAGAAGCAAAGGUCUGUUUGUGGAGGAGAAGGUGAUCCAAAACGCAGAGAAACAGCGUACUUUGAAGCGGAAUUGA